AUGGCCGAGACCGAGGCCUCUGUCCCGCCGCUUGAACCGCGCCGGGCAUGUCAAGAGUGCAACCGCAAAAAGACCAAAUGUGACAUGCGUCGUCCCGUCUGCGGCCUUUGCUUACGGACGGGUAACUCUUGCACUUUCCCUCUGAAAAGGAAGAAGCCUACGCGCAAACCCCAGCUCAAGACUCAAUCUCGAAAGAUCAGUGACAGCCUGUCCAAGUUAGUCCAGGUUCUUGAUGCAGCUUCGCGAGCGGGAGAAGGCUCCGCUGAGCAGGACGGCCGGCGCGGAAUUCCCCAGACCCUGCUUCGAGAUUCGCUGAAAGGACUCCUCGCCGAGAUCGCUGAGACCGAGAACCACGCCCCUGAAAACCAGGACCAAUCCACCGAAUCAAACAACCAAAAUGGCUCUGCCUCUGACGCCGAGGAUAUUGACGAGGAAGACCCCGAAGCCGACGGGCAAGACUUGGAGCAAUCGCCACCCGCAACUUCAACUGAACCUACCACCAAACUCUCGACGCCGACACAGAUUUCGGCCCUCGGUGCAGAAAUCCCUUGCUCGGUCGCCAUAGAUCUGAUCUACGUCUUCUUUGACAAAGUCCAGGCCUGGGUCCCCAUCCUCCAUCGACCGCGGUUUCUAGCCCGGUACGAAAAGUCUCUAUUGAAUGAUGGCGAUAUCAUGAAGGGAUUCACCGUCGACGAGUCGCUCUUGUUCUACAGCAUGUUUGCCAUGUCCGCGAGGUUUUCCAACCAUCCAGUUUUUGCUGGUACGCCGCCAAACAAGCGAGGACACGAGUUCGCUCAGCGCGCUCGAGAUUGCUACGCCCAGGCCCGUUCAAUACGAAGUCCGUCCUUGACUUAUCUCCAGGGCUGUAUCCUACUGGCCUACUACUUCUACACGUCAGGCCCAACACACCAAGGCUGGAUCCUCAUCGGCGUCUGUGUUAGGUUAGCCUACGAUUUGGGGCUCUCCGAAAUUGACGAUGAAGAUUGGAGCCCCCUCACGCCCAUGGACUCGGUUGAACGGGAAGAGUUCAGGCGAGCCUGGUGGGCUGUGUGGGAACUCGAUACAUUUGCAUCUACGGUCUCCCGGCACCCGUAUUCGAUCGACCGCAAAAGAAUGGCUGUUGCUCUACCAGUCUCAGACGAAGCUUGGUUUGCCGAAAUAGAGGUAUCAUCUGCACAGCUUAACAUGCUACCGGGACAAUCGUGGAGGUCGUUGCAGGGCUGUAGCAACCAAGACGAGAGGGCGUGGUUCCUGGUCGCCAACCAUUUCAUGGCGACGGUCCAUGACCGCCUGCAACAGAAACAAGACGUAUCCGCGGAUGAGAAAUUGACGCUGGAGAACGAGAUUUGCUGUUUCAAACUGGCCCUUCCUGCGUCGCUUCGACUCGACGCCGAAACCUUGACAUUCACCCCGGCGACUUUUGCCCGGUGCAACUGGGUCAUUGGGACCCAUCUCAUGUUGAUGGCCGCGUCCUUCAUGGUGUCUGGCAUUGCUACGGCCGAAAACGACGACCGCAGUGUGUCAAGCGUGGGUGCUAGCGGGCCGUCUCCCCUCCGGCAGCGCGCCAUCGACUUGUCACGGAUCAUCAGUCUCUGGGAUUCCAGAUACAUCGCGGUCGCACACCCAUUUUUUACAUGCAUGAUGCUCCCACCCUACUACGUGGAUGGCGAUAUCUUAAGAACCCAGCCUCUGAUCGCUUCUAGUCACGACUUGGGGAAGCUGGUCCUGGCACACUUCAGCGAGAGAUGGAAGUUGGGUUCCGUUGUGUCAGAAUUGGCAAAGAUCCUUGAAAGAGGAGGCGCGCUCAACGCCGAAGAAAGACAGCUAGCCAAAAGAUACGCAGUCUUUUUCCGAAUGCCGCGCCUCAGCGGCAACACUCCUCCAGAUCUCAACCGGCGAGAGAGGAACAACUCGACGAUCAGCGACAACAUUUCGUACCCCGGUCCGGCGGAGGUGCAGCAACGGCAGCCACUCCCGCAGGAGGAGUAUCCAACGUCGCUGGAGUUGACUGAUCAAACGAACAUAGCCAGCUACCAAGCCCCCAUGUUUGACCCUCAGAACUUCCCUGUGCUCCAGCCUCAAUUUUAUGAUGGCAGCAAUGAGAUCGAAUUCGGAUUUUCCGACUUCUUUGGUGGCUACCAAGAUCUGGAUUUCAUGCCUGGUUGA